UUUCACCUUAGAUUCUUCUUUCUUUUCCAAUUAAAUCGAAUCUCCGCCAUUCGUUCCACGUGCUGUUUAUCUAUAUGUUGCUUAUCUGCAGUCAAGCAGAUCAGGCUUACAAGGUUUAACCCUCUGCAGCUUGUUAUGAUACGAUGAUGAUGAUGGUUGUCACUUCUAAGCCACAACUUGGGGUUCAUAAAACCUGUUGAACUUGAAACCAAGCGUCAAGUUUUGGACGGAGUUCUUUAUGUUUAUAUACUGUAGUUUUCAAAUAUAAAAGAAAAAAAGAUUCGAAACUAUGGAGCGUUAUGAAAUUUUGAAAGACAUCGGGUCAGGGAACUUUGGUGUAGCUAAACUGGUUAGAGAUAAAUGGACAAGAGAGCUCUUUGCUGUUAAGUUCAUUGAGAGAGGGCAGAAGAUUGAUGAACAUGUGCAAAGGGAAAUCAUGAACCAUAGAUCAUUGAAGCAUCCCAAUAUUGUUAGAUUCAAAGAGGUUCUUCUUACACCUACUCAUCUAGCCAUAGUCAUGGAGUAUGCUGCAGGGGGAGAACUGUUUGACCGCAUUUGCAAUGCUGGUCGAUUCGGUGAGGAUGAGGCAAGGUUUUUCUUUCAGCAGUUGAUAUCAGGAGUCAGUUACUGUCAUUCAAUGCAAAUAUGCCACCGGGAUCUUAAACUUGAAAAUACUCUCUUAGAUGGCAGCACGGCACCGCGUGUCAAAAUCUGCGAUUUCGGAUACUCAAAGUCAUCUGUCCUUCAUUCUCAACCAAAAUCUACUGUUGGAACACCAGCUUACAUUGCUCCUGAGGUUCUAUCCAAGAAAGAAUAUGAUGGGAAGAUUGCAGAUGUUUGGUCAUGUGGGGUGACCUUAUAUGUGAUGCUAGUAGGGGCAUAUCCUUUUGAAGAUCCGGAUGAUCCAAAAAACUUUAGAAAGACAAUUGGGAGAAUACUGACUGUCCACUACUCAAUCCCCGAUUAUGUCCGAGUUUCUAUGGACUGCAAGCAUCUUCUGUCUCGGAUAUUUGUGGAAAAUCCUGGAAAGAGAAUAAGUAUACCAGAGAUUAAAAGCCACCCAUGGCUCUUAAAGAACUUGCCUAUGGAACUGAAGGAAGGGGGAAACUGGGAGAGCCAUGAUGUGAACAACCCUUCCCAAAGCUUGGAAGAAGUGCAGUCUAUAAUACAAGAGGCCAUGAAAACCACAGAGGUCCCCAAGGGCGGGGAAAUUUUCCGGGGAGGGAGCAUGGAUCUUGAUGAUGAUUUAGAUGGUGAUGAAGAUCUUGAAGAUGUAGAGUCAAGUGGUGAUUUUGUGUGCCCACUCUGAACCAGAUCACACAUAAAUAUAUAGACUAAUCAUCAAUCAAAAGAUUUGCUUUUUGUUUUUUUUUGUUUUUCAUCUUUUCUGUUCUAAUUUUGGCUCCUUGAAUUACUAUAUUUCACAAGUUACUAUAAUUGUGGAGGUUGGAAUGGAAUUAGUGAUUGAGAAUGGAGUAAGAGUAAUGCAAAGACUUGUAAUUUUAACUGAAACUGUUGUAUUAUUAUGAAUAAUCUAAUUGCUCUUAUACAUCAAA